UUGUACUUGUUGUAGAAUCCACACCACCUUACAAUAAAUUCACCUUUAACAACAACUUAUUGAAAUAAAUACCACAAAUUAAACGGUAGUUCUAUUCUAAUUAUGAACAAAAAAGCGAUUAAAAUUGAUUUAUCAACGUUCUUUGAUGAUGAAAGAAAAAUGACCUGUGUUUUGGUCGAUCCGAACUGGAAAAGUGUCGCAUGCUUACAGAAAAGAGUAGAGUUUUUAUUUGAUGUAGACUCUGUUAGAUUCCUCAGCGAUGGGUACUUUUUGCCACCGCAAGAGUCAAUUGAAAUUAUCAAAUUCUGUAACGAUCUUAAAGCAUUUGUGCCAAAAGAAUCCCUGGAAAAGAGAAAAAAGAAAAAGUCCAAAAAAUGUAAGAACAUUGAAAAGUCAUCUGAGGAAUCCGGCGAUGAAGAAACCUCACUUAAAGCUCAGCAACAAAUAGAGGAUUCACAAAUUAAACGCAAGUACAAUUCUUUGGCAAACACCAAUCCUUCUUGCACAUUGACCAACAAAGCUAAGCGUUCGAAAAAUUACAAUACGUUCUCUGAAAUCACAAGUACAAGUGAACCACCAAUUGUAUCACCCCUGCAAGUUCUCGACGAGGAGGUCAAAACUAAAAAAUCGAAAACCAAAAAAUCUAAAGUAUCAAUUGUUCCAUCGAUGCAUGAAGAAUCUAUGGUAGAAAUUGAAACUUGUGAAUCAAAAUCUGAAGUUACAGUCACCGAACAGUCAGCAGAUGUAAAGGAAACUUCUACGGAUCAUAAGAAUGCUGAUAAAAAACGUCUUACUUCCACGCCAAAGGACAAGAAAACUUUUGAGUUUGAAGAAAAUGGAGUGGAAAAAACAUUUAGCGAUGGAACAAAGGCAACUACAGCACGUCAUUCCAGUAUACCUUCAUCAACAUUUUUAAACGAAAGUAAAUUGCUAGAAGAGCGCAACAAUGUAAACACUCUUACCAGUACGCCUAAUCCGAACAAUCCCUUCAAGACCCCAAAAUCUACUAAGGCACGCAUAUAUUUCCGUUGUCCUCUAAGUGAGCUGACAAAUGACAUAAAAACACAAAAACCAAGAAUAUUUAAUCUGAAAUCAAAAAACAUUGAAAAUUAUGCAACUAAGAAACCCGUAUUGGAAAUACAAGAACAAAUUAUAUUGCCUCCUAUUAUACUAAAAACCGAUCCACAAUCUCCCUCCGAAGAGAAAACUGAAGUAAAUGAAAUCGAAAUACAGCAAAAAACAAUUGAAACAACUGAAAUUACCGAGGAGACAGAUUCUCUGAAUGAAAAAAGUUCUUUAAAUAAUACAAGCAAUGUCACGGGCAGUACAACAAUCGCUCAAAAUGUAGCUGAGUCUAGCAAUGAAACGACAAAUGUUAUAAAGUCGCAGACUGAAUCCCAAAUGCAGGAAACGUCCAUAAUGUCAGUGGACUGUGUUGAUUUGAGUAUAGAUAUAGAAGAUGAGGAUAAUGAGGUGCAAAAAAAGAAUGUCCAGGAAAAACUAGAUUUAACUGUAGAUGGUGAUGUUAAUGAUUCAUCAUCAGAUAUCGAGGAAAUAUCGGAUAUAAUUGAUUUAAAUGAAACCGAUGACAAUUGCAAUACUACAGUUAAUACGUCUACAGCGCAUUCCAAUUCUAUAAAUGAUAUACAAAUCCAUAAAAUUUUACCAUUCUCUACUGAAUUGAAAGACAUGCCCACAAUUGGUGAUAUAGUAAUUUUCAAGAUACCGUUUUUUAACGAGAAGAAACAGCUUGUUUAUACAAAUCACAUGGCUGGAAAGGUUGAAUAUAUCAAUAGACGAACAAAAUCUAUUAAGUUCUUAGUUAUUGAUGGCGAUACUGAGCUGCGUCACAUGCCUAGUCAAUUUAUUUGUAAUUUGGAUGAUUCUCGAGAUAACACUAAAUAUGUUCAGCUUAAAUUAAAUGAAAUGCACAAACCUAAAUUAUUUUCAAGAGCUUAAAGCUAAAGUAACAUUUUUACAUCUAUUUUUAAAUAUUCUUAAUAAAAUACAAAAAAUCACAA